UUAUCCGUGAUCCAAGUAUCCAACACUACAGCGCAUGGUCUGUUCCAAACCCCAAAUCGAAGCCAGAUUCAUGUCAUCGUGUGUAGAAACUAGAAACUGGAGUACAAGUGAAGAAAACAAAACGAAAAUUUUCUGAUCCCCGCCUCGUCCGAAGCCCUAAACCCCCAAACGCCGCCUCCUCCUCCUCCUCCUUCCUCGAUUCCAUCGAAUCGAACCACGAAACCAAUCCACGCGAGGGCAAAAUGAUCCAGCUGCUGUUCCUGGUGCUCGUGGCGGAGGCGGCCGUGGCGGCGGUGCUCCUCUUCAAGACGCCGCUGCGGAAGCUCGCCGUGAUGGGGAUCGACCGCCUCAAGCGCGGCCGCCGCGCGCCCGUCGCCGUCAAGACCGUCGCCGGCGUCGUCCUCGCCCUGCUCGCCUCCACGCUCUACAGCAUGGCCGAGAUCAGCGGCCGCGCCGGGGGAGACCCCGAAUCCGGCGGCGGCGGCGGCGGCGCCUCCCUCUCGCCCACCGACCAGGUCCUCUUCUCGCGGCACCUCCUCGAGGCAUCCCUCAUGGGGUAUUCCUUAUUUCUUGCUCUAGUUAUUGACCGGCUCCACCAAUACAUCAGAGAGCUACGUGGGCUAAAGAAGAAUGUUGAGGCCGUAACUAAGCAUAAUAAAAUGUUGGAGGAAGCAAAACAUGGAAGAUCUGAGGAGACAAAGAAAUACCAAGAAGAGAUUGGUGCUCUCAAUGAGGAUAUGAAGAAACUGAAGCUACAAGUCCAAGAAAAGACAGAGGAAGUCCACGUUGCUGAGGACAAGGCUCUUGCUAUUCGGAAACAAUCUGAAAGCCUGCUGCUUGAGUAUGACCGUUUGCUGGAGGACAACCAGCAUCUCCGGGAGCAGCUGCAGUCAAUUGACCACAGGCUCUCCAGUCCAAAAUAAGUUCAAGUGUAAUAUUUUUUUUUCCUAUGGGAUUGGAGAACCUAGUCAAUAUAUUGCUGCAGAAAAUUUUCCAUCACAGUUUUGGAAAAAAAAAGUUUACUUUUAUCGUAGAAUACCAAGAAAUUCCUGGCGGUAAAAUCAUUUGGAUUUAAUGCUCAUAUAAUAUGCUUUUAGCAGUAUUCUCCCUUAUCAGUUUUAUCAUCUUUGCUUAAUUAGCUUUUGUAAUAUAUACCCGUAGGUAAGUUCGAGCAUCAUAUUGUCAAGCACUUUACAAUUUUUCCAUGUGUGGUUAUUUUAAUAAUGUCUGUUGGUUGCAUUCACAUGAAUCA